AGUUGCCAGGUGUAAAGAGUAACGAAAUCAUUUAAUUGUAAAGUGAGAUUCGACAAUAUUCGACUAAAUGUUUCACGUGUCGCAAAAUUCGCCGAUUUUCAAUAAAAAUUGUACGAAUAUUUCGAUUGAUUCUCACAAUUCGUUCGGUUCGAAAAUUCGACCAACGGGAUUAUUGGCGAAAUUAGGUGUGCCGUGUCAAAAUGACAACCAUUACGAUUACGGUCGUUGUUUCGAUUAUUAUCAAAACGGCGUUUACAACGUUUGUCGAUUUGUCGAAGUUGGUGAUAUUGAAGAUUUCAUGAACAAUGAAAAACGAAAAGAGAAAUCUCGAAAUGCCGCCCGUUGUCGGAGAUCAAAAGAAACAGAACUCUAUUACGAUUUGGCUAGUGCUUUGCCUUUUACGACAGAACAAAUUUCACAAUUGGAUAAAGCUUCUGUAAUGCGAUUGGCCAUUUCUUAUCUGAAAAUUAGAAAUGUCCUCGGAGCCGUACCGGAGUUUGAUGCUUUGGACGAAGACGAAGAAAACGAAAAUAUGGACAGUUCAACAUUUCUGAAAACCCUAGACGGUUUCGUCAUGAUUUUAUCGGAAGAAGGAGACUUUAUUUACGUAUCUGAAAACGUUAACGAGUAUUUGGGAAUUAAUCAGAUUGAUCUGAUGGGGCAAAAUGUAUAUGAAUACAGUCAUCCCUGCGAUCACGAAGAAAUCAAAGAAAUUUUGUCCGGCAAAGUUGUCGAAGACGAAGCGAAUUUGAACAAAUCCCUAUUCGUCAGAAUGAAAUGUACGCUUACAAAUAAAGGAAGAUCUGUCACUUUGAAAUCUGCUGUAUACAAAGUAAUUCAUUGUACCGGUCACGUAAUGAAAUAUCGAAAUUUAGAUAAAGACCAUGAAGAUGCAUCUGAAAUGAAGAGUUGUUUCAUUUCGGUAAAUCAACCGAUUCCGCAUCCUUCCAAUAUCGAGUCUCCUCUUCCAAAACAAACGUUUUUAACGAAACACAGUUUGGAUAUGAAAUUUACGCACGCCGACGAUGAUUUCAUGAAGGAACUCUUAGGAUACGAACCAACGGAUCUUUUGGGAAAAUCGGCUUACGAAUUCCAUCAUGCUUUAGACAGCGAUGCCAUAUUGUCUUCAUAUAAAUGCCUAUUUUCGAAAGGGCAGUGUCAAACGGGCCAGUAUCGUUUCUUGGGAAAAUCCGGCGGUUACGUCUGGUUAGUGACGCAAGCUACUUUGAUCCAUGACAAAAAUUACAAACCGCAGAGCGUCGUAUGCGUUAAUUACGUCAUAAGUGGACUGGAAUGCGAGGAUCAAUUAUAUUCCUCCUUACAAUAUACUACCACCUCCUCCUCCUCCUCCUCCUCGUCCUCCGUUAAAUCUGAAAUAAACAAUAACAAUUGUCGAUUGGCAAUCGUACCCGAAAUUGUAAUUACUGACGAAAGCAGUAACAGAGAUGACGAAAAUGACGAAGUGAUUAAAAGAGUGGACGAAAAGAAACCCAUUUCGAGUACGAGGAAAUUGUUUGGUAAUCUUCAAGAAGUUGAAGGUUCUAUCGUUAGACCGAUAAGUGCCACUAGCAAGAUAUUCGGACCGAGGACUAAGGAUAUGAGUAGAGGCUUUUUGACGUUUUCAGAUGAAGAGCCCGGUCUUACAAUGUUGAAAGACGAACCAGAGGAUCUGACACAUUUGGCACCAGUAGCGGGUGAUGUUUGUGUUCCGUUGGAAGAUCACAAUUUUCUUCCCGAUAUGUUGGACGAUAUCCUUUUAAGAGAUAACUUUGGUCCUUUAUUAACCGAAGAACCGACAGAUCCGUUUAUAUCGUAUAGAGAUUUCCAAGAUACUUCCCCGCAAUUAUUGUCGCCAAAUUUGUCGAAGCAUUCAGAUUGUAGUUUACCCUCUCUCAAUAGUCCAACCGACUCUCUUAUAGAUGACGAACACACUUCGUCUUUUAUGAACCUCCAAAUGGAGGAAGACGUUGAAUUGCUCAAACCCCCCUACAUAUCGAUGAACAUAACUGACGAUUUACCGUUGUUAGUUUCUAACGAUUUAAUGUGGAGUACGAGCGACAAAAAGAUACACAACCACCAUCACUCUGAUAAUAAUAAUUCGAGUUUGGCCCAAUUGUUAUCGAAUUCGUUGAGCAAACACCAAUUGACGCAAAAAGAUCACGGUGGAGGGGGAAUGAUGUACAAGAAUGAUAUCGAUGAUACGUACACUGUCAAAUGUAUUCGUAAAUCGCCGUGGAACGAUCAAAACUGCCUUUCAUCUAAAUCAAACCUUAUAAAUAAUAAUAAUAAUAAUAAUAAUAAUAAUACGAAUAAGACAGUCGACGAUCAACGUACGCCGAGUACGAAACGUUCAAAUUGUAGUGCAAGUUACGAGCAAGUUAGUAAAAAGACUCGAAGCGAACCUAAAGAAAAAAUGUCAUCUGAAUUAUUACAACAGUUAAUUUCCAAUAAUAAUAAUCAUCAUAAUAGAGGCCGAUCGAGGGAUAAAAAUACUUGGUUAUUAAAUAGAAAUUCUCAAAAGGCCGCGUGCAUUUCGCAGCCGAGCGAUAGCGUUUUAAUGAAUUUAUUGGAUGUUUCUUCUCCAACUACUACUAGUAGAAGUAAUAGUACUACUACUGACCAACCGCUGAUGUCCGAUCUUGUUCCCGUAUUAGACAACUUGAAGAUGUUGGAAGAUACAGAAUCUGACAAGAGAUCUCAGUUUAUAAGAAAUUGUCAAAGUCUUUUAUAUCCCGAAAAUACGUCGUUCGCUUCGUUGAUGGAUCUAACCCAACACGAUUUGGACGUUAACGCUCCCGUUAGUAACAAUAUGUUACAAGGAAAAGAUUUAUUAUCGGCCUUAGAUACAAACUUGGUCGCUAUUUAGCCAGCACCAUAUUUUAUUAUCAACAAUCAAUCAUUAUUGGACGAUGUGUACACCUACUCAUUUGGGGAAUUUGUCAAAAUAACAACAACGAUGCUGUUCAUCAAUUGUAACAAGAUUUUUAUAACAUUUAAAUGAAUAUUUUAAUUAUAAAAACUUUUAUAUUUGUAGUUUUGGAUAUAGACAUAUUAUUUUACAAAUAAAAAUCUAUAUAUAAAUAAUCUAGGGUUUAAUUAAUUUAUUGUUUCGAGAAUUUGAAAACAAAUUAUUAGUAUUAUUAUUUUUGGGGGCUAUUUUAAUAAUGAAAGGAAGGAAUCCCUUUUUCAACAUUAUGACGUAACCCAAAUCGUUUUGAAUAAUUUUCUAUAUAAAAUAUUUUAUACUUGAAAGAAAAGCCGAUCAACCGACACAAAUUUGUACCGUCAAAAAAUUUUUCCGAGUAUUACUUCAGACAUAUAAUUAUGUGAAAACCGGAUUAGCAAAUUGGAAAUAUUCAUAUCGAAAUAUGAUGAUACAUUUUCAAUAUACAAGAUGUCCCCAAAAAAAGAGAAAUAUCAUUGAAUUUAAUCCAAAAUUCGCGUUGUAAUUUUUUACUUGAAAGUUUUUUUUGGAAGAAUGGGUAUUAAAUUGUUUGGAAUACUGAAUAUACUCAUUUUAAAUGGUGAAUUUAUAAUGAAUAUCAAUAAAUAACUGAAUCGAGAGUAACAAAAUUAGCAUUAUCUUUUAGAAUGUGAAAUCUGUUUAAGAAAAGGGAGAAAAUAUCUUUUUGAUUUUAAAAUCCAACUUUUAUUUUUAUAUCACAAGUAUUUGUGCCGAUUUUUUUUAAAAAAACUGAGUUUUAUUUUUCCCUUUUGAAUAUAGCAAACUUUUUGUUACUAUGUUAUAUGACAAGUUAUUUUAAUAUAUAGGGUGUAUAAAGUGAAUCAGAUGGGUGUGGCAAUAAACGUUUUAUAUUUCUAUUUUCCGUGUACGCCUAUUGGUACAUAAUAUAUUUUUUUCUCCAAUCAUCAAAAAAUGUUGACAUUUUUGUACUAUUUUCAGGUGCAAAAGCCAUCAAUUCCCUUACCGUACAAAAAUUUGCUCGUUGCUUAGCAACACUUUUAAUCCUAGGAUUAAAAACCCUACUUUUAAUCCUAGGACUAAAAGUAAUUGCAUUUGAGCUCUCUAAUUGAAAUUUGAAGAAAAAACAUUGAAUCUUACGAACUUAGUAAAACAAACUAAUUGGGCAACUAUAUAUUUUCAUCGUGUUAGGGAUUCAUUUUGAAAGCAGCGUAAAAACUACAAAAAUUAUAUGAUUAGUACGUCUACUUGACAAUCGAUAUUUACCAACAAUACCAGGUAUCCAUGACUACCGACUUGCUAUCGCUGUUAUAAUUAAUAGGUGUUCAAAUUUAUUAUCAAAUUAUUAACGAUUUUUGAAUAAAACUAACUUUAUUUUAAUUUUGACUUGGUUGGAGAAAAAAUAGCAUAUAUCAUACGGAUUAAAAGUGCCUAUUUUUACUCGCAAUUUUGCAUUCACUCGGCUGCGCUACGCUCCGCCUCGCAACUGCAAAUAUUGCUCGUAAAUAUGCACUUUUAAUCCUUAUAAUAUAAUAUACUAUUAAUACAAAAAGAGAAAUGCAGAAAUAUCUAAUAUCGAAUAAUUGAAACAUAAUCAUAUCACUUUUUAAGUGAAUUUUUGUCAAUGUUGAAGAAAUUACUGCCAUUUUAUUUUUAUGUAGUUAUAAAUUUAAUUAUAUUUUUAUCAUUUUUACAAUUAUAAUUUACGUUUUCUAAAAGCGCUGUUAUAAAUAUCAAUUAUGAUAUAUGGAUAUUCCAAACAUAAUUAUAUAUUGUUUCGACUAAUAUUUGUGUAAGUUUAUAUAAAUAUAAAAUGUUUUGUGUUAUCAGUUACUUAUAAUUGGUAUAAUAAAACAUUGGAUUAA